AUGCUGGGUUCUAGAACUGCGACGUGCUUUUGUCGUGAAAUAAAUUCAUACAAACUUGAUCAAUUGUUAAAUGAUUUGAAUCGAAGUGUUCAGGAAUAUUUAAAACAUGAGAAAGAUGGUGUAUUGAGUGAACUGGAAAGGAAGGAUAAGACAACACAUUAUUCAGACACUUGGUCGAGAUCAUUUAUUAAUCUAUUAAUUCAACUACCAUAUCCAGGCGAUUAUCAUCAUCGUCUCAUUAAUUUAUUAAAAGAUUAUUAUGACGGUAAAGAAGAAGAACUAAAAACUUUACAAAAAUUUGAAAUAAAUUACACGAAAGACAAAGCUAUGUGGUGGUAUACACGUCCCAUAUUUCUCUACCGUUUAAUAAAUAAAGCAUUACGCCAAAAUAAUAUUGAAUUGGUAUUUCUAUUUGGACUUUUUAUACAAGAUUUAUAUCGACAACUAAAAGAUGAACGUGAACAGUUUAAAUUAUUCAAUUCAGGAAAUAAUAAAAUCAUUAAAGGAUGUCGGGAACAAGUCAUAUCAAAUGUUGAAAUAAGAAAACUUAAAAAUUAUUGUCUAUGUUCACUUGUAAAUACCAGUUUUCUUUCAACAUCUCUAGAUCGUCAUGUAUCAUUAUCAUUUCUUCAAUCAUCGACAAUCACAACAGGAUUGGAACGAGUUUUUGAAAUUGAAAUUGACAGACUAAUAAAUGGUAUUCAACAAUUAUCUACGAAGGAGAUAAAUACAAUUUUUAAUCAGUUGAUUGAUUUAUAUCCAUUAGAAAAAGGUUGGAUAUCAGGCGUUCAAAUUCAUUGUUUAGCACAAUAUUCUAUGGGUUCGAAAGAAACAAAUUUUUAUUUACCAUUAACAAAUUAUUAUCAGUCAUUGGAAAUGUGGAAUGAAUAUUUGAAUGAUGAUGAAUUAAAUUGUUCUUUUAAUAUUGGCACGAAAUAUGACGGUAUCGGUGAUUUUUAUCGAAAUGAUGCGCAAUACUGUGGUAUGUCUUAG